AUGUCUGACAAACAGAAGGGUCUAAUUGAUUCAAUUCAACAACAAUUCCCUCGAUGUAAUCAGAGACAUUGUUGUAGGCAUUUAUAUGCCAACUUUAGGGGUGUUUAUCCUGGAGCAAUGUUGAGGACUGCCUUCUGGACUGCUGCCAAAGCAUCCACUGCUGCUGAUUUUCAGAAAGCUAUGGGGGAGCUGAAAGAUAUAAAUGUAGAAGCUCAUGACUGGUUGAUGAGAAACUCACCUGCAAGCUGGGCAAGACAUGCCUUUGAUCAUGGUGCCAAGAGUGACCAUGUGACUAACAACAUGACCGAGUCAUUCAACCAAUGGAUUGCACCUUAUAGAGACAAGCCAAUAGUGACACUGAUUGACCAACUUAGGGUGCAGUUGAUGACAAGGUUUCAACAGAGGUAUGCUACUGCAUGCAGUUUAAUGGGUACAAUUAUACCAGCUAUUAAGAAGAAAUUGGAUUCUAUUGAAAGGGCAGCAAGGGGAUGCACUACACAUGCAGCAGGAUUGUAUGAGUUUGAGGUUAAUGAUGGAAAUAAAGUUGUUGUGGUUAAGUUGGAUGAGAGAACUUGUACAUGUAAAGUAUGGGAAGCAACUGGGCUGCCUUGUAAGCAUGCAGCCCAUGCUAUUGCUGUGAAGAGCCAGAGCAUUGAUGACUAUUGUGAUCCAUACUAUACUGUGCAGAGAUAUCAACUAGCAUAUGGAGAGAUGAUCCAUGCACAACCAGAUACAAUUGGAUUGUCUGAGACUAGUUUGUAUGGUGUCGUGCAGCCCCCCUUUAUGAGAAGGAGACUUGGUAGACCCAACAAAAAUAGAAGAAGAGCUAUUGAUGAAGGUGCCCCUUCAGUCUUCAGAAAAAGAUCAUCAUCAGUAAGAUGUAGCAAGUGCAAUACAGUAGAUCACAACAAGAGAACCUGCAAAGGGGGUGCAGUGAAAGGGAAAGGAAAAAGGAAAAGAGGGGGUAGUGAGAGAAUGGAAAGUGGAACCAGCAGUCAGGGUGAUGCAAGUAACUCCCAGAGGCAAACAAGAUCAAACACUGCAUCUACUGGGUCUCCAAGUGGGUCUGUACAAGAGAGAGUGAGAUCAAAGAUGACGGCCUAUAGAGCUAGAAGGAAUUCAAAAUUUGCUAGUAGUUUAGCCACAGAGGGUAGUGGUCAGUAG